GUCUCGCCGGUGGUUAAAUCUCUGCAGUCUGUUAUCGGGGGAGGAAUCCACCCCAAACUUGGAGCUUUUAGGCCUUUGGAAACCCUAAUUCUCGGAUUUGCUCCCUGUGUUGUUGUCAGUUCCAUCUCUCGUCCGGAAAUGGCUGAAUCAAAACCCACCAUGAGGAAGCCAGAGUUUACUAAGGUUGAUCAGCUCAGGCCUGGUACCACCGGUCAUACGCUCACAGUGAAGGUGGUGAGCUCAAAGAUGGUGCUGCAGAAGGGGCGAACUGCUGGCCCACAAGUUCGUCAGAUGCGCCUAGCGGAAUGUUUGGUGGGGGAUGAAACUGGAAUGAUCGUCUUCACAGCCAGGAAUGAUCAAGUGGAUGUGAUGAAGCCAGAUUCAACCAUAAUACUCAGGAAUGCAAAGAUUGACAUGUUUAAAGGAUCAAUGAGGCUUGCUGUGGACAAAUGGGGACGUAUAGAAGUCACAGAUCCGGCUGAUUUCACCGUGAAAGAGGACAGCAAUUUGUCUUUGAUCGAAUACGAACUGGUGACAGUUGUUGAACAGUAGCUGAAAAAUAGUUAUGCAAAGGCAUGGCUCUCCCUCUCUUAUCUCUAAUCUGAAGUUGCUCAGCUGAAGGUUUUUUGAGCUUGAAAGACAAGUCUUAGAUAUAAUCAUCAGGAAGCUACCUUCCGGACAUGAAAACACUCAGCGAUACAAUGGCAACAUGCUGGUAAUCACAAAACAUUAUCAUCUAGAAUCAGAUUGCUUUUCACAAAAUAUUUUCAGUUUCAAAUGCUAUUGCAUUGUUCUUACUGUUAUUGCAAAUUUCUGAUUAAUUCUUUGUGGCAGCA